GCGGACGGAGGCUUGGGAGCGGCAGGGUUGCCAGCUCGGGCGUUUUUAAUCUGGCAACCGGGUUGGGGAGCGGUCGGACAUCUUGAUGAGGAUGAGCUGCUGAGAGACCGCAGUGUGACCAGGGAGCUCUGCCUCAAUAACAGCGAAUAAAUUACAUUUAGUGCUCCUUUUCGGGCACAUCCAGACAGCCGUCGUUUUCCCACCAUGGCCAGCGAACACUAAGCAAAGGCUGCCACCAUGAUCGGAGGACUUUUCAUCUACAACCACAAGGGCGAGGUGCUGAUCUCCCGCGUCUACCGUGAUGACAUAGGGAGAAACGCAGUGGAUGCGUUCCGGGUGAACGUUAUCCACGCGCGGCAGCAGGUUCGCUCUCCCGUCACCAACAUCGCCCGCACCAGUUUCUUCCACGUCAAACGUUCCAACAUCUGGCUGGCCGCUGUGACCAAGCAGAAUGUCAACGCAGCCAUGGUGUUCGAGUUCCUCUACAAGAUGUGUGACGUUAUGACUGCUUACUUUGGCAAGAUCAGCGAGGAGAACAUCAAGAACAACUUUGUGCUGAUCUACGAGCUGCUGGAUGAGAUCUUGGACUUUGGUUACCCCCAGAACUCUGAGACUGGUGCGCUGAAGACCUUCAUCACUCAGCAGGGCAUAAAGAGCCAGCAUCAUACAAAAGAGGAACAGUCCCAGAUCACCAGUCAGGUGACUGGACAGAUCGGCUGGAGGCGUGAGGGUAUAAAGUACCGCCGCAAUGAGCUCUUCCUGGAUGUUCUGGAGAGUGUUAAUCUGCUGAUGUCACCACAGGGUCAGGUGCUGAGCGCUCACGUCUCGGGCCGUGUGGUCAUGAAGAGCUACCUGAGCGGAAUGCCCGAGUGUAAGUUCGGCAUGAACGACAAGAUCGUCAUAGACAAGCAGGGUAAAGGGGGCACCACUGAUGAAGCAGGCAAAAGUAGUGGGAAACAGUCUAUAGCCAUUGACGACUGCACCUUCCACCAGUGUGUACGACUCAGCAAGUUUGACUCCGAGCGCAGUAUCAGCUUCAUCCCACCGGACGGAGAGUACGAGCUCAUGAGGUAUCGCACCACUAAGGACAUUAUUCUUCCUUUCCGCGUCAUCCCGCUGGUCAGAGAAGUAGGCCGCACCAAACUGGAGGUGAAGGUGGUCAUCAAGUCCAACUUCAAACCCUCCCUGCUGGCACAGAAGAUAGAGGUGCGCAUCCCCACCCCUCUCAACACCAGCGGUGUGCAGGUGAUCUGCAUGAAGGGAAAAGCCAAGUACAAGGCCAGUGAGAACGCUAUUGUUUGGAAGAUCAAGCGAAUGGCAGGUAUGAAGGAGUCCCAGAUCAGUGCUGAGAUCGAGCUGCUGCCCACCAAUGAUAAGAAGAAGUGGGCACGUCCACCCAUUUCCAUGAACUUUGAGGUACCCUUUGCCCCGUCCGGCCUCAAGGUGCGCUACCUGAAGGUGUUCGAGCCAAAGCUGAACUACAGCGACCACGACGUGAUUAAAUGGGUUCGUUACAUCGGCCGCAGCGGCAUCUACGAAACGCGCUGCUAACGGCCGACCCAGCGAGGAGAGGAAGAGGAAGAGCUGGAGAGAUGGCCGAGCGAUGGGCAGGUGGAGGAGGUCAACAGUGGCCUUUCCCCUCAUCUUCCCUGUCCUCUUCUCCUUCUCCUUCUCUUCUCCCUUUCCCAUGGGCCUCUGUUCACACACUCACACACACAGCGUCAUACAAUGAGAAACACAGAAUUCAGUUUUCAAAACGUCAUACAUAGCUCGUCCUGUGGAGGAAAAAAAAAGUUAUAACUUGCUUAUAAACAAAGAAUAUGAAAAAAAAAAACGCAUUUGCAUUCAUUAUUGCCUCCCCUUUGUGUGAUUACCUGCAAUAAGAUGAGGCCCCUUUUCCGUUAGCCCGCUAAUUCUUCCUCCUUUAAUUCCAGCACAUGCAUUCCUGACCCCCCCCACUGACUUAUUGGGAGAAUUUGGGGGGCCAUGUUCACCCUAAUAAGCAAUUAGCAGUGAACCUGUGCUUUUGUUCAGGCCUCAUCAGUGUUCGUACGGCCUCCUGUUUCCUCUCUUUCACUACCGUUCCUGCUUGUGUAGGUGUACGUUAUGCUGUAGUGUUGUCAGCUAAUGGACACAAAUUGUACAUCCUUUUUUUUUCCUCCUUCAUUUUAUACAUGAGGCUCCCUCCCCUCCUUAAUCCCUCCACCCCGAGUGUAUUAGUUAGGUGUAGUCCAUGUUUUUGUAUUUGUAAGCAGGGUGUUUUGUGUAUGAAUCACAAUGCUCUUGCCCCAACUUGUAUCACUUAACAUGCUUUUUCAUUUUUCUUUCUGUCGCUGUACUUUUACCCGGGAAUAUUUUUCUCUCUCUUAAGUGGCUAAUAAUGAGGAAAAGUCGUCCGCUUUGGUCUCUGAUGUUCUGUUUAGUUUCAUCCAAGUUUAACUGUGUGACCAAACUUCUCAGAAAUGAGAAAAUAUGAAUUUAAAGCAACAAAAAAAACUACUAAUACUAGACUAAAUCCAGCCGUGUGUAAGUGUAUGUGUAUACGUAUUAUAUACACCAUAAUAAGAGGUAUAAAUGAACGGCCAGGCUGAUGUAGAGCACUGUUUCUGCUUUCAGUUUGGGUCUGUAGUCGAGGCUUAUCUGAGCUGGUUGUAUGUGUCGGCCUCAGAGGGGUCCCCCAACAUCUCUCAGGGACUUUCGCCCCCCCACCCCCCAUUUGUGCUGUCGUUUUCCUCCCUUCGAGCGCGCUUGGUUGUUUACCAGGUUGUUUACCAGACGUUUAGGGUGUGUCGCUAUGAUUUCUCCAGUGCACUGACAUCUUUCGUUCUCCUCAGGCUAGUUUACUUCGAGAUUUAUGGCACAAACGUUGAAGGCGCAACUGUGAAUGCGGAUUUGAAAAAAGGAGAAAGGCGGCCAGAGCAGAUGGGCGAUUGGAAUUCCUUUGAAACUGAACCAGCUCCGUUUCAAGGGAAUCUUCUCUUCAAUCUUGGAAUCCUUUUCCUGCCCAGUGAGGUAUUUUAGAAGGCAGCAUUGGAUUCAAGUAGUCUAACUCUAGCUUCUCUGACCCGCUUCCAAGUCCUUCCCAAUUAAAAAAAAACACAUUGCUAUUCAAAUAUGUAGGCAAAGCUGAAGGAGUUUUCACUUCACCGCCCUUCAGGCUCGUCGCUUUGCCUCGUUUAACAUCGAAGAAAGCAAGUAAGGUUGCCCUCUGCCCUUUAACAUGUUUGUGCUUGUGCUCUGAAAGCUGCAAUGGUCAAACAUAACACUACAAACUUUCAGGUUCUUUUCACACAACUCUCGUAGUCCCUGUUUUGAGAGAUGGUGAGGGUCCUACAGGCUCGACCCCUCAGCUUCAGUGUGCUCUUCAUUUUGGUAACUUUGUGAUUGUCCUGUUAAUCCUAAUAAAAUGAAAAAUAUGCUAUC